UUCAAUAAUUUAAUAAUCAUCAGCACCAGCAGCACCCGAAGUAUCACUUCACCACAGGAGGAAAAAGAAGAGAGAGACGAAUAAUGGAGAAAACAGACGCCAUCGAUGGAAAAGUUGACGAGGCUUCUUCUCGUGAGGGUUCCGUUUGUGGGUACGACUCACUUCAUCACCUCUUGAGCGCCAAUCUCAAACCCCAUCUCUUCCAGGAAGUCAGCCGCAUUCUUUUGGGUCUGAAUCGCGGCAAGGGACUUGAAACAAUUUCUCUCCCAGAAUCUGCUAAGGUUCUCUCUUCAGGACAUGAUUUUGACCUCCAGGCCUACUGCUUUCUUGCUGACAAAGAAUUGUUGAGAGAACCCCGAAUAGUUAGGGUUGGUCUCAUUCAGAACUCUAUUGCUCUUCCAACCACUGCCCACUUUUUGGACCAGAAGAGGGCUAUCUUUGAGAAAGUAAAGCCAAUAAUUGAUGCUGCGGGUGCUUCAGGUGUCAACGUGUUAUGCUUGCAGGAAGCAUGGACAAUGCCAUUUGCCUUUUGCACGCGGGAGAAGAGGUGGUGUGAAUUUGCAGAGCCUGUAGAUGGGGAAUCAACGCGAUUUAUCCAGGAUCUUGCAAGGAAGUAUAACAUGGUCAUUAUAAGUCCAAUUCUUGAGAGAGAUGUCAAUCAUGGAGAUACUAUCUGGAACACUGCAGUCAUAAUUGGUAAUAAUGGAAACAUAAUUGGCAAGCACCGAAAGAACCAUAUACCAAGAGUUGGCGACUUCAACGAGAGUACUUAUUAUAUGGAAGGGAAUACUGGGCAUCCAGUGUUCGAGACGGCUUAUGGAAAAAUUGCUGUUAAUAUAUGCUAUGGAAGGCAUCAUCCUUUGAAUUGGUUAGCAUUUGGCUUGAAUGGUGCAGAGAUUGUUUUCAACCCUUCCGCCACUGUGGGCGAACUCAGUGAACCAAUGUGGCCCAUUGAGGCUCGUAACGCUGCAAUUGCAAAUAGCUACUUUGUUGGAUCAAUCAACCGUGUAGGAACUGAGGUUUUCCCAAAUCCAUUCACUUCUGGUGAUGGGAAGCCAGAGCAUGCAGAUUUCGGGCAUUUCUAUGGAUCCAGCCAUGUUUCAGCCCCAGAUGCCUCAUGCACUCCAUCUCUGUCACGCCAUAGGGAUGGCUUGUUGAUCUCAGACAUGGACCUCAACCUCUGCAGGCAGUUAAAAGACAAGUGGGGAUUCCGAAUGACUGCUCGUUAUGACCUGUACGCAGACCUGCUUGCUAGUUACGUGAAGCCGGAUUUUGAACCCCAAGUCAUUUCCGAUCCCUUGUUGCAUAAGAAGUCUCCCUGAGUUUUAAUUUCAAGUAGGUAUGCAAUCUGAACAUGUAACAUGUGAUUUCAAAAAGUGCAUUUGUAAGAAUCCAUUUCUCAUCAGUUUCAAAAUAAAAGUGUUGGGUAUCUGUAGAAUCCAGUUCUUACAGAUACUUCCAACUGAAGUUUUCUUCAAUA